AUGUACACUUUCUUUGUUUUGAUAGUGGCCUUACAAUUAGCGGCAGCCAUUCAUGGCUUUCCAGGAGUUCCAAGCAAUCACAUUGUUGGUGGAAAUGACGCACCGGUUGGCAAAUUUCCAUACCAAAUAUCUCUGAGAAUAUUUGAACAUCAUACCUGCGGUGGAUCCAUCAUAAAUCGGCAUACCAUUCUCACCGCCGCUCAUUGCGUAAGAGGCUAUGGCUCGGACCCCAAAGCUUUGAAAUCGCUAACUGUCCACGCUGGCACAAAUCUACUAAACGAAAAUGGUACCGUCUACAAAGUUAAACAAGUCAUCAGGCACGAGAACUUUGAUAGCUUUAAAUUAGUUAAUGACAUUGCUUUACUUAUUUUAUCUACUUCAAUUGAAUAUACUAAAUAUAUACAGCCUAUAUCACUUGCAAUUACCGAUAUUGCUCCCAGCGGCUCUUCCUGCAUCUUAUCCGGAUGGGGAAAAACUAAGUUUGGCGGUGUGACUCCUAACAAAUUACAAGAGAUUGAAUUAAAUGUUUACGAUCAAGAUAAAUGCAUACAAGCUCACUGGGGGUAUCAUAUGAUAGAACCUAGUCAUAUUUGUACAUUCACCACAUUAGGCGAAGGCGCAUGUCACGGAGAUUCCGGUGGUCCUCUUGUUUUUAAUGGUGUUCAAAUCGGUAUCGUUUCUUUUGGUGUACCAUGUGCUCUUGGAAGACCCGAUGUAUUUACUAGAGUGUCCUCUUUCAAGGAAUGGAUCCAAAAAUAUAUUGUCGAAUAA